AUGCCGUACUCCGACGACGUGGCCAUGAACAGAGGAAAGUUUGGACGUGAGGACUACCUGAAGUAUUUUGAUUCAGCAGUUUUCCUGAAGACGUUUCACUCUGAUAUUCAGCGAAAUGGAGGGGGACCUGAUGCCUUGGAAGAUGACGAUUUGACUGGCCGGCGGCUGCUCGACAUCGGAACAGGCCCCACAAUCCACACUGUGAUCAGCGCCUCCAACUGCUGUGACACCAUCUACCUGUCUAAAAUCGCCCCCCAGAACAGAGAGACGCUGAGAAAAUGGCUGGAGGGGACUCUGCAGCACAGCUUCAAGAGCUUCUUCCAAUAUGUGGUCGACAGGGAAGGGAAAGGAGAAAUUCCCAGUGGCAGAGAAGCCAUGUUGAAAGAUAAGAUCGUGGGGAUCUUUCCACUUGACCUUCUGCAGGCGGAGCCUCUGCUGCCAUCACUGUUUCCUACGUUUGAUAUCAUCACUUCGUCAUUGUGUAUAGAGGUUGCUGCUCCUGAUCUCGCCGGCUACGAGAUCAUAGCGAGAAGUGUAGGAAAACUUCUGAAGGAAGGAGGCCAUAUUGCUCUCUUUGGAGUUUUGGGGGGAUCUUUCUACCAAGUGGGCAGCCACACAUUCUACUGCCUCAAGAUCAGUGGAGAACAGGUCCAAGAUAUCUGGAAACGAUCCGGAUUCAAAAUUGUUGGCUGGAAGCAAAAUGCUUCCCUUGGUCAACAUGAUACUUCAUUGUCAGAUUUUGAAGGUGUGUUUCACAUGGUAGCACAGAAGUGUCUUUAAUGAGGAGCAAUA